UCCGGUUUGUUUUGGAUUCACGCGCACACGUGUGGCUUUAGCCGCUCGCUACCUUACUGAUUAUAGACCUGGUUUCCAUUCGGAUCUCACUGAAAUAAACUGAUCGACUUGAUAAUCUGUUGUGCGGUUGCGACUGUCCACAGUUCAUCAUGUACCUGCAAUAUUAUCUGAACGAGAACGGCGACAGAGUUUAUACUCUGAAGAGAGAGGACCCGAAAGGUCAGCCCACCAGCUCGGCGCAUCCGGCCCGCUUUUCACCGGAGGACAAGUUCUCCAGACACCGCAUUACCAUCAAGAAACGCUUCGGCCUGCUGCUGACGCAACAACCACGACCUGUGCUGUAAACGGACCUGACGACUGACCACCAAUGGACUUUUAUGCAAUUCAUUUACACUUUUUUUUUUUUUUUUUUUUUUUUUUUUUUUUUAAUAAUGUUUGUUUUUUUUAUUACUAAAAGUAUGACAUAAUUUUUGUCAUUGACUCAAUGUUUGUUCAGUUUAGUUUAUUCACAAUGUAAAUGUGAAUGAAUGUUCAUGUGGAGUGAAAUAAAAUGAGUGAUUUGUA